AGUAUUCAGAGCUUUCACCGGUCAAGUUUCUUUUCCAGCCCUCCGAGUCAAGUAAGUCCCCCUCUCCUUCUGUACUUUUCCCGGCCAUGUCUCCUGUUAGCGAUAGGGUCUCUUCCUCAGAGGACUGCUCCUCUGAGAACUUCAACUCUUCUUCCUCGACCGGGUCUUCUUCUUUGAACUCUUCGCCCGGUCAGGUUCCCAACUCUUCCAUUCCCGACCCGCACCCUGUAAAUCAGGUGCCCGGUGAAACUUUUGUGGGGAGGGUUGACCCGGUUGAUGAUGAACCGGGUCCCUAUGAUCCCGAAAACGAAACCCGGGAUGCGUGGGAGGCGCGGCUCCAUGCUGCCGGUUACUUCCCACUCCCCACCUUUUAUGUUCUUGACAUCCCUUCACGCGUAUCCAAAAUCGCCCUGAACAAAAUUCGUAGGAGGCUCCCGGAUGGGUAUACCCUCCUCUACGAACCCAACUGGCCCAAUAUCGUAGAGCCCCACCGGGAGGAUAGGAUAGGGUUCCAUACUAUUUCCCUGGAUGCGGGCAUAGUUUUUCCCCCUCGCCCCCUCCUUACUGAAGUAUGCCACGCGUUUAGGAUUUUGCCCGGCCAAAUAACUCCUAACGGCCACCGGUAUCUUCAUUCUUUCGUAAAUAUUUGCACCCAUCUGGAAAUCUUCCCCUCUUUGCGUCUUUUCCUUUUCUGUUUCGAAGUCCUACCGGGCGGAUCCGGCUGCGAAGGUUUUGUAUUCUUCAAAGCCCGCACCGGUAGGAAAUUCAUUUCCGAAGUCCCCCAGAGUAACCGGGGAUGGAAGGAAAAAUUUGUUUUCAUUGAGUUUCCCCCCUUCUUUACUCCUCUGGCCGGUCUGAAAUGGAACGACCAUCUCCUUGACCAAGAGUAUGCUGCACCGGCCUCCUCCCCAGACUUGGAAGCCAGUCUCGAGAUCCUCAUGCGCGGGGAUCCUCAAACCGGGAGGAUCUUCCAUCAAGGCAGCUGGGUUUGGAGGGUGGAUUCGGGUGGUGAGGGUACCUCCCAGGCCCAUGAAGCAGCGGGGCGCGGGGUACCCUCCCCGGGCAACACUGCGGAGGCUGAGGGCAACUCCCACCCAGAUAUGGAGUUCGAAGAAUUCGCCAUCCCCGAAGAUCAACCAGCGGGGGAGACCGGGGGCUCCCAAGCCAAUCCUGCCAGGACUUUCCCGGUCAAUCCAGAGACCGUGGAAAUCCUGGACGAGGAUGAACCCCGAGACGACCGGUCUAAGGGGAAGGAGAAGGAGAAGGCCGGCCGCCGGGUGAAAAAGGUGGCGACCACGCACCCCUCCUAUGCCAAGAAGAGAGCCCGGUCAGAUCCUAAGCCGGCCGGCCAGACCGUCGAGGAGGCCUUCGUCAACCUUGGAUUGAGGCUGAAGGAGGCGGGGGAGAUUGGACCCCUCACAGCCGACCGGCUUGGUUUGGGCUCUCCCUCCGAGAUUGCCCGGCUGAAGGAGGAGAAGGAGGAGAUGGCCCUCCUCCUGAGGAGCCAAGCUGAAGAGCUGAUCCGGCUUUCUGGGCUGGCCGGGGCAAUGAAGACUGAGAUCUCCCAGCUGAAAAAGGAGAACGGCCAGCUUCUGGGCGAAGUCUCUGAAGCCAAGAGGGAGCUGGCGGAGAAGCUCUUGUACCGGGAGCCUGAAGGAAAGAAGAUGAUUACCGCCAUUGGGUCCUUUGGAUUCAAGAGUGGUCAGAAGAAGGACCGGGCUGCCUGCCACCGGAUCUUGAAGAAAAGAGACCCAGAGUUCUCCGCAGCUUCUUACGGCCUGGCAUCCAUCCCGGAGGAAGAGCCUACUCCCCCCUUUCCCCUAGAUUAAGAACUCCCCGGCCUUGGCCGGUUGCUUUGUAAACUUAAAACCUUAUUUUCCCGGGAAUGCCCGGUGUAAAUGUAAAACAUUUAACAUUCUUAUUUCCUUCGAAUGCCAUGUUUUCUUUUCGUACCGGUUAAUCUUCCACUCCUGAUUGCUUGUUUGAU